AAUAGUUAUUUCAGCACUGUGCAGUUGCAGUAUUAUUGGACAGGCAUAAUCCGAUCUACCGCCUUGAUUAAAUCAACUAGUGCUAAAAUAUUAACAAUAUAUCCGGUGGAACAGUUUGCGUUUUUUAAAACAGUUGAUCGUGUUUUAAAGUUCGCAAGGAAUGAUGUGAACAAAAAAGCUCUCUGUAUGCAAGGCUUGCCAACAACUGAAAACAGCAUCUCUCCCUACUCUACUGAUGACGUUUGUACAUAUGAACAUUCAACGACAGAGGAAUCGGUCACUAGAGGUCCGUUGUCUGACGUUUCUGAAGAGUUUCCAAUCGGUGUUGGCAUCGGUGUGGCAGUUGGAAUUCUGUGUAUAGUGGGAACAGUCGUUGUCAUCUUUGUACUUAGGAGGAGGGGAAUUUUGUCGUGUAAAUUGGGGACGAAAACGGCCGAACCUGACCCCGUAUACCUCGCGUGUGCAAGCAGAUCCAAUGAAGAAACCGUUGGUAAUCAUAACUAUUGUAUAUUAGAGAAAAGCAUACAAUCAAUUAGAGACCAUGCAGAUCAUUAUAACACAGCAGAAGAACCAAAGGAGGACAAUCUUGAGACCGAUCAUCACAAUUCAAUCAAUGACACAGAGGAACCUUAUCAAAGCGUGAAAGAUGAUUAUGACUACACCAGCAAUGCCGUAAGAACUGGACCCGAUACCAGAAAACCGGACGCCAUUUAUAACAAACUCAAGCUAGACCGGCCGGGAGACUAUGACCACGUAGCAGGACUCGGGUAUAACAUGUCCCAACCAGGCAGCGACUAUGAUACAUCUGCUUUGGCGCGAACGAACGCUGGCGGUGACGACUAUAACCAUAUAACCACUGCGUGUUAGUGCAUAAUUUACACACUGGAAUGAAACGAAAGACUUUAUACAUGGGGACUUUUACGCUAUCAAUGGAAUGAAGGCAACACGUCCAUCUAGCGAAGCGGCGGGAUAUGCUCAAAUAAAAAAAUAUAUAUGAAUUAAAUGAAUAAGUGAUUGAAUGCGUAAUGUCACAAAACGUUGUGGUGUCCAUAUUUUAUGCCCAAAACGCAAAAUGUAAAUAGGUGUUGAAAUUAUAAUACGUGUAAAAUAUAUAUGUUCUUAAUUGUGCAAUGUGAU